UUUCUUAUUUUUUUUAUAGCUGUAAUAUUCCCUUUUCUGUUAUUGAGCAUCCAACUUUUCAAGCAAUGAUCAGCUGCCUACGGCCAAGCUAACAAGCACCCAGUCAAAAGCAGGUUCCAGGUGAACAGUGAAAUGCAGUUAGUGAUGGCUUGAGGGGUGGAAGCAUGCAAUAAAUUACAUGGAAAAGCAGUUACGUUAUGGCUGGCAUAAUGUGCACAACCAGUGAUUGCUCACUGUGUGCAAAUAGGGAAGACUGCUUCAUGUGUCAGUGGUUGAUACGGUAUGCAAUAAGAAGCCUGGACAGUACUAUGCUACACUGACAAGAGAAGCCAAGGCAUUAGCAAAUGAACUGUACAGUUGCAUUGUGAAGAGCGACGUGACAGAAAAUAAGAAAAAGAUGGAAAAAAUGAUUGAUUUGGAAGACAAUGGAUGGGCAUCAUAUUGGCUCAAUCUUCUUGGACAAGAAUGUACACUAAGUGCUUUGAUGAAACGUAGAUUGCCAAAAUAUUUUUGUAAAUUGCUGUCAGCCUGGAGUUGAUUAAAAGAAUGCCAAAUCCCCAGUAACACGAUGGAACAAUCAAAUAACAUGCCUGGAAACAUAUGUUAAAAAUUGGCCACAUUAUCUCAGGAUUGUGAGAACUCAUGAGGCAGAAUUUGAAGAUAGAGCAAUCAGUAUAAUUAAUACUCAAGGAAUUUACCAAGAAGCAAAGAAGUUGAUCACUCAAUUGAAACCAGCUGCGGUGGCACUUGACACACUCCCAAGGGACACACAUCAGCAGUUGCUGUUACAUGUGAAGUAUGGUUGGAUCUGCAGAUAAAUGAAGAUCUUGCACCACAUAAAGCAAAAGUACAAAAGAGAUGUCAUGAGGCAAUUACUCCUGUACACAUGUUGAUCAACCUCCUUCAUCCAAAAUACUCGGGAAAGAAACCGUCAGCUGAACAAGAAUAUAUUGCAAAGCAGUGGAUGCUUGGCAAAAAUCUGAAUGCUGUGCUAUAUUUACUUGCAUUUAAAGCAGAAGAAUCUCUGGAUUCAAAAAUCUACGUUUUCAUCCACUAUGAAGAAAAAGGAUGGAAAAAUCUGAAGGAUGCUGAUAGUCCAUCUAAUUUCAUAAAAACUGGGUGUGAUGUUCCCUGCCUUGCACCAUCUCCGCCUGGGCGCCCGCCCCACACCUGCUGCCAGGAGGGCAGGCGGCUCUGCACGGGGGUACCUGUCCCGGGAGAAUGAGCAGCGAUGCCGAGGGCUGCUGGAGGCCUCCACCAGACGCUACCGGAAGGAGGCGGUGGCAGCAGCUGUGCUGGUGACAUUGUGUUCUGUGGGCGGGUACCCUGCGCUACUGUACACGCUGCGCUCCAGCACGCUGACGGGCCAGCACAAGGGAGAUGUCAGUUUCCCGGGCGGCAAACGUGACAGCUCCGACCAGGAUGUAAUUGCCACAGCGCUGAGGGAGACUCAGGAAGAGCUGGGCUUGCACUUGGGGGCUGAGAGCGUCUGGGGGGUCAUGAGACCCAUACUCACUGGGAGGGGACUGACUGUUGCUCCCGUUCUGGCACAUCUGGGCCCCUUGGAGUGUGUGUGUCUGAGCCCCAACCCACAAGAGGUCGAGGAUGUUUUCACCAUCCCCCUGUCUCACCUGCUGCAGGCCCAGAACCACGGUUACACCCACUUCUGCCAUCAGGGUCGCUACAGCCACACGCUGCCCGUCUUCCUCAACAGCCACUACCGGGUGUGGGGGCUGACGGCCAUCAUCACGGACCUCACGCUGGACCUGCUGGCGCCCAGCGCCUACCGCCGGAGAACACACCCACCCGGCACCCGCUGAGCCCCCAGCCCACCUGUGCUAUGGACUGCCCCAGCCCCGCAGCAUGGAGAGAGCCAGCUGGCCAGUCUGGGUGAGGUCUCUCUGGAGGCAGAGACAGCCAGCGGGGCAGGCUGGGCAAAUGUCCCUUCACCUCAAGGGCAGAAAGAACAAGGGGAGCAGGCUGGGCAUACCUGGCCCAGGAGUGUGGGACCAGGUGACCGCAGGAGGGGGUGACCCCAGGAGGGAAUCCCCAGCCCCUGAUAAUGCUGCGGGGGAGAAGAGUUACAUGGUGUCAGGAGGGGGGAUACUGGUGAGACCUAUGUGAGCUGUGAUGCUGGAGCCUGCUGUAUUUCAUGUGGGGCCUACGCAUAAACAAACCUCCCAGA